CUGCAGCUGUGCAGCGCAGCGCACGCAGAUUCUGCAGCGCGCACUCUGCUCUGCGCCUGACCUGAACACUGACCGAAGUGACCCAUCCUCUGCGCCGACUGCACCACCCACACCACCUCCUCAGGCCUCAGCUCAUCAGAGCUCAGAGCACAGUCCCAGCCAAAUCGCACGCCUGCCGCCUGUGCCUGACACCGCCAUUGCAUGAUGGCGGAUGAUGAUACUAGCACGUCUUCCCGUUCCCAGAGCCCUGCCUGACACCAGCACAAACCUGGAGACUACUAGUAUUGGAGUGCCCUCCAUUUCAUUUCCAUUCAUUUCCCUAGCAAAGGAAAAAAGAAGCGAAGCUGCUCGUCGUCGGCGCCGUCGUCCUCUGUGUCUCGUCCUUGCGGGGGCAAAGCGGGCUCGAGGCCGGAGAUGAUGCUGAGCGGGCACGGCGGCGGGAGGCGCCUGUUCACGGCGUCGCAGUGGCAGGAGCUUGAGCACCAGGCGCUCAUCUUCAAGUACAUGGCCUCCGGCGCGCCCGUGCCGCACGACCUCGUCCUGCCGCUCCGCCUCGCCACCGGCGUCGACACCGCGCCUUCCCUCGCCUUCCCGCCUCAGCCUUCGCCGUCGCUGGCGUACUGGGGCUGCUACGGCGCCGGGGCGCCGUUCGGCCGCAAGGCGGAGGACCCGGAGCCGGGGCGGUGCCGGCGGACGGACGGCAAGAAGUGGCGGUGCUCCAGGGAGGCCCACGGCGAGUCCAAGUACUGCGAGAAGCACAUCCACCGCGGGAAGAGCCGUUCAAGAAAGCCUGUGGAAGUGACCUCCCCCGCCGCCGCGGCGUACCGCCCGUCCGCGCUCUCCAUCUCGCCGCCUCGCGCGGCCGACGCGCCGCCGCCGAGCCUAGCCCACCCGCACCAGCAUCUCCGCCACGGCGCCGCCUCCGCAGCAGCUGCUGCCCGCGGCGCCCCGGGUCAGGCCACCGCUGGCGCGCUCCAGCUCCACCUCGACGCGAGCCUGCACGCGGCGUCGCCGCCGCCGUCCUACCACAGGUAUGCUCACUCCCACGCUCACUACACACCGCCGCCAUCGCUCUUCCCGGGCGGCGGCGGUGGCUACGACUACGGGCAAUCCAAGGAGCUUCGGGAAGCGGAGCUCAGGCGGCGGCACUUCCACGCGCUCGGGGCCGACCUGAGCCUCGACAAGCCGCUGGCCGCCACCGCCGCCGGCUCCGCGGCCGCGGAGAAGCCACUGCGGCGUUUCUUCGACGAGUGGCCGCGGGAGAGCGGCGACACGAGGCCGUCGUCGUGGGCGGGGGCGGAGGACGCGACGCAGCUCUCCAUCUCCAUCCCCGCGGCCUCGCCCUCCGACCUCGCUGCCUCCGCUGCCGCGCGAUACCACAACGGGGAGUGAUCGGUGCAUUUCCUAGCUGCAAGCCGGCAACGGCGAGCAGUGAUGGGUGCAAGAGAUGAUUGGUGUUGCCUUUGGGGGGCGACGGCACAAAGCCUGAACAUCGAGUGAAGCAGUACUAGGACCUAUGAUUUGAGCUUCCUUUGUUCCUUUGCAGCUGUACUACGUUACGUACCAAAUGUUUUAGCUCGUUUUGUAUGACAUUUUCGUUCAGGUUGCUCCUAUUGCUACGCUACCUCUGUGGCUUUGUGUGCUUU